AUGGCGAGCGCCCAAGGAGGAGGUGACUCCAAGCUGUUCGCUCGGUCUUCCCAGCGCGAGCAUGAAAGGCCGCGCCCAUCCAGAGCGUCCGAGAUGUAUCUGGCAUAUCUGCCCCCUACGGCUUCGGCCUCGCAUCUGUACAGCAACUCACGCAUAAGACAACAGGGCAAGGUCGCUGAGCUACGCCUCGAGCUGAACAGCGGCGGGAAAAAGGACAAGAACUACACGGUCAAGAAGGUUGCCCUGAAGAAGAUCGUUGCGAACAUGACCAUGAGCAAUAACGACAUGGUCGCCCUCUUCCCUGACAUAAUCAGCUGCAUGAACAUACCGAGCCUCGAGAUCAAGAAGAUGUGCUUUUUAUUCCUUGUGAACUAUGCUAGGAUGCGAACAGAAAUUGCUGUCAAAGCAAUACCUGUGCUCGAGCAUGACAUGGAAGAUGCCAAUCCACUCGUCAGAGCCCUCGCGCUUCGCACGAUGUCAUACAUCCAUGUACGUGAGUACGUCGAGGCUACAGUGCCACUUGUGAAGCGACUUCUGCAAGACUUGGAUCCAUACGUACGCAAGACUGCCGCAUACUGUGUUGCAAAGCUUUACGACCACGACAGACACAUGGUGGAGCGGUCCGAUCUUAUCGACAGGCUCAACGGACUGCUGAGGGACGAUAACCCCACAGUUGUUGCCAGCGCUUUGGCAAGUUUGAUGGAUAUUUGGGAAAGAAGCGAUGCUAUUAAGCUUACCAUCGACUAUUCCAAUGCUUCCAAAAUGGUUGCCAUCCUUCCGGACUGCUCCGAAUGGGGUCAAACAUACAUAUUAGAAGCUCUCAUGUCUUACGUGCCUCAGGAGUCCGGAGAAGCCCUAUUGCUUGCCGAGCGUAUUGCACCACGGCUUUCUCACUCCAACUCAGCCGUGGUUUUAACAUGCAUAAGAGUCAUUCUUUACCUCAUGAACUACAUCGCCGAUGAGAGGCAAAUUUCGGCGCUCUGCCGGAAGCUUUCGCCGCCUUUGGUAACAUUGCUAGCCAAGGGUCCAGAAGUGCAAUAUCUUGCUUUGCGAAACGCGUUACUCAUGCUUCAGAGGCGCCCGGACGUCUUAAGGAACGACAUCCGAGUCUUUUUCUGCAAAUACAACGACCCUAUCUACGUGAAGGUCACAAAGCUUGAGCUGAUCUUUAUGCUCGCAACUGAAAAGAAUAUCGAUGAGGUAUUGACAGAAUUGCGGGAAUAUGCAACUGAAAUCGAUGUUCACUUUGUGCGCAAGGCUGUUCGCGCGAUCGGCAAGCUCGCAAUCAAAAUCGAGCCCGCUGCAAGACGCUGCAUCAACCUCCUCUUGGAACUUGUCGCCACGAAGAUCACCUAUAUCGUGCAGGAGGCGACAGUGGUGAUUCGAAAUAUCUUCAGGAAAUACCCCAACCAGUACGAGAGCAUCAUUGGAACACUCUGCGAACAUUUGGACAGCCUGGAUGAGCCUGAGGCCAAGGCAGCUAUGGUCUGGGUUAUUGGGCAGUACGCAAGCCGCAUCGAAAACAGCGACGUCCUCCUAGAGGACUUCCUCUUCUCCUUCGCAGAGGAACCAGUCGAAGUGCAACUGGCCCUGCUCACCGCUACGGUCAAGCUGUUCAUUCAAAGACCUACAAAGGGCCAGGAGCUCGUUCCCAAAGUCCUGAAGUGGGCAACAGAAGAAACAGACAAUCCAGACCUUCGCGAGCGGGCGUACAUGUACUGGCGCCUUCUCUCCACCGACAUGAACCUUGCCAAACAGGUUGUCAUGGGCGAGAAACCACCAGUCACCGCUGAAUCCGAGCGCCUCGAUCCGCAGACACUAGAGGAGAUGUGCCUCAACGUUGGCACUCUCGCGACGGUGUAUCUGAAGCCCGUACAGACCGUCUUCCGUAACGCGCGCCCGCGACGGCUGAUAGACUCGCCGGCUCUCCAAAAACAUAACCUCCCAGUCGGUUCAGGACCUAUGGCUGGCUUCGACACCAACAAGUCACUGUCUCAGUUCGGCUACGGAGGACAACCGUCAGACGUAGACCCAAGGGACCGCGCCGCCGCCGCACCAGAUGGCGAUGGGAACCUCGCGCAGGCGGUCAAUGACGCGGAUGCGUACUUUGCCGGAAUCGGUAGCCAGCAGAUGCAGGCCAUGCGCAUCCAGGAUGUAGACGGCGACAACACCUUCGGCGGCGGAAGUGGCCACGAGGCCGGUUACGUGGUAAAUCAGUAUGCUCCGCAGCAGGUUUUCCAGCCAGCACAGGGAGUGGGCUCGAAUGGGGACUUGUUGAUGUUUUAG